AUGGAAGAAACAAAUAAGCGUUUUUCGUCCAAAGAGAGAGCCAAGAUCAUAAGCUGCGGUAUCAUCCUAGGACUUUUGCUUAUCUUCUUUCUCGUGAGCGCUCUAUUACAACUUUUUGGUGUGCAUAUCAUCUGGAGAAUAAAUUGGUCUUGGUAUGUCGUUUUUGUCACAGCCUUUCACCUGAGUGAGUUUUUUAUCACAGCAGUCUAUCGGAAGGACGAGCUGAAGUUUGACUCUUAUCUGGUGAACCAGAGCCCUGAGUAUGAGAUCGCCAUGAUAACCGGAAUGGCAGAGUACUGGAUCGAGUAUUUUUUCUUGCCCGUUCUGCGCUAUCACUGGAUUACCUUCUGGCUGGGCUUUACGCUUUGUCUGGGUGGAGGACUUCUUCGGGCCUUCGCAGAGAUCCAAAUGCAGGGGAAUUUCAACCACCACAUCCAGACAACGAAGCAGGCUUCUCAUCAACUGGUCACGACGGGUCUUUAUUCGUUUUUCCGCCAUCCCGCCUAUACUGGCUGGUUUUACUUCUCGAUCGGCACGCAAAUUCUCCUCAACAAUCCUGUCUGUACGGUUCUCUAUGCCGGAGCGUCGUGGUACUUCUUUUAUGACCGGAUCCCCUACGAGGAGCGUCUGCUGCUCGACUUUUUCCCGGAAUAUGAAAGCUAUCGAGAGCGCACCCAUGUGCUGAUUCCAUUCAUUCCGAAGGUGAAGAAGCCGCUACUAUCAUCGCGUGUUUAA